GCAUCGUCAACAGCGCCCUCGCUGGGCCGGCAAUCUGUCGUCGGAGCAUGGCGGUUCGGUAGAAGCGCGUAGGGUAGCACUUUUUCAAUUUGUUUUCACCUUUUUUAGAUCGUCUCCAGUGACUCGCUCCACUUGUUUUCGUUCACCGGUGUACCACCGUUUCAAUGGUCCGAGGAUAACUCUCCGUCUGUCAUUUAUGAUACCCAGCAAUAUCAGCAAGCAUGUUAACGACGGAAUCAGCAUUGCCUUCGAAAGAAGAAGAAUUGGCAGUGCAGGAGUUUUACCAAGAUAAAUGCAUCCUCAUCACUGGGGUCACUGGGUUCCUUGGUAAGAUCCUACUGGAAAAGCUCCUCAGGUCAUGCCCCGGUAUCGACAAGAUCUACAUGUUGAUUCGGCCUCGAAAAGGGUCCAAGUCAAAGGAGAGGCUGGAUGAACUCCUGAAGGCAGAAUGCUUCAAACACAUCCAUCAAGAACAUCCCAGUGCACUGAACAAAUUAAUAGCCAUCGACGGCGAUCUCACGGAACCUGGCCUUGGCCUUCGAAAACAAGACUAUGACCUACUCACGAAAGAAGUGUCUGUGGUUUUCCAUUCUGCUGCAACAAUCAAGUUCAAUGAGACACUCAGGCAUGCAGUGGAAAUGAACAUUGAAGGUACGAGAAAAGUCUUGGAGCUCUGUCAUCAGAUGCCAAACCUUCAGGCGGUUGUGCACGUAUCAACAGCAUACUGCAACUGUGACAGCAAGACACUGGAUGAGACAAUUUAUCCACCACCUGUUCAUCCUGAGCAUGUAAUUUCAUGCACAAAGUGGAUGGAGGACAGCAUGUUGGCAGCCAUCACGCCCCAUCUGUUGAAUGCCAAACCCAACACUUAUGUACUGGCCAAGUUCCUAAGUGAAACACUGGUUGCAGAAGAGGGCAGUGACCUUCCCGUUGCCAUUGUUCGACCUUCCAUUGUGGCAGCUGCCUGGAAAGAACCUUUCCCAGGCUGGGUGGAUGCACUCAAUGGAUCAACGAGCCUUUUAGCUUCUUGUGCGUCAGGUGUGAUGACAACCAUCGUGACUGACGUGAAUGGCAUCGCCGACAUUGUCCCCGUCGAUGUGGUUGCCAACUUGCUCAUUGUGGUUGCAUGCCAGACUGCUAAGAAAAGGAACGACACGCCGCGUCCCGCGGUCUACAACUGCGUAACUGGUUCUCUGAACAAGUGUGUGGUGGGCGACGUGAAGCAGUACUUGAAGAAGUUCCUUCCAAAGUACCCCCUGCAAGACACUUUUGGUUACCCGUGGGUUGAUAUGACGUCGAGCCGUGCGUACCAGGCGUUCAUGGUGUUCUUCCGGAACUAUCUUCCAGCACUAGCUGUGGAUUUCUACAGGAAAUGCACGGGAAAGAGACCCAGGAUGGUCCGAUUCCUGGAGCAAUCUAAAGGUGCCAUGGAGGCAGUACGCUUCUUCACAACACAAACUUGGGAAUUUUCUUCCAACAACAUGCUGCUACUGCAUAGUAAGCUUUCAUCCCUGGACAGACAGACUUUUGACAUUGACAUCCGAAAAAUUGACUGGGAAAGCUACUGGGAGAAUUACCUCCUAGGUGUGCGGCAGUAUCUUUUCAAACAAGAUCCUUCAACCCUUGCGGAGUCUAGGAAAAGAUUAAAAAGGAAUUACUUGUUGCAGACGGCACUCAAGUUGGUCCUCCUGCUGGGCUUCCUACGGUUUCUAGUCACACGUUCGAAGGCAGCGCAUCAGGUCUGGUGUGCGGUGGCAAGCUUUCUAACAAGGAUGCUGCAGUUUUUACUGCGCUUUCCCUAGACCUAUAUUUGAAUCCGUUUCGGACACGAUCGCUUUCACUGUUACAGUUUAGUCUCAUACAAUGAUGGCUUCCUAAGAGCACGACUGAGGCAGACGAUAGAUUCCGCGGCAUGGUAUAUUGGAUAUUGCAGUUUGACAUGACACAUAAGACACUGUAACAAAAUUGUGGCGAUUUGUCAGUGGCGAUGUUUGGUAGGGUGACACACGCUGACGUGGAUUUUGGUCUAAUCUACGUCUAAUCUACGUCUAAUAUUGUAAUUUUGAUUGCUGCAAUGCUCGCGAAGCCAUCCUCCAGUGCCCUCGAGUUCUUUGUCUCAAUCACGCAAAAACUCUCCGUGGCAAAUCGUCAUUGAAGCAGGGGCCUUAACCACGCUGGCCGAGGCUAGUGCUGUAGUAGUGCUUUUGCGCACAAACCCUGCAAGUCCCAUUUUCCUGCAAGGCAUCACGGGAAGGGCGCAAGUACUGGAAUACAGCGCGAGGAUGUGCCGAUUGGUUGAACAUGUCAGUCGAGAACAUGUACUAAAUGAUGCUUUGUGCACGAAGCAUAUGUAAAUGGCAUUUACACUAGGCAUGUAAAAAUGUGAGUUGUUGUAAGGGGAAGUAUCAUCGUUGAUAGUAGCGUUGAGCCUUUGUUCUUCCCGCUUCCUGUUCAAGGUGGUUCCAAACCUUGUGGUGGAUUGUGAUUUACGGUACAAAGGAUGUUUUGCAUCAAAAAGUCUCGGCCUUUGUAUUUGUUUGGCAACAGCAGACUGACACGAUCAAAUUUUUGUUAUUCCCCGCUGUUUCUUUUAAUUUUAUUUUAGUCCUUGUACGUAAUUGUUUUUGAGUUGUCUCAUCUCUUUCGACUUGUUAUCUCUACAAGCGGCUCAUUUCUACUUCACUAACACCUGUCUGAAACGAAAAUUAUUCUCCCGCAACAUGUGCAGCCGUUGCGGUCCUUGUGCAACCACAUAGUUUAGUAACAGACUAACUGGACAGUCCCUCUGCUUUCAUUCCCGUACCGAUGCAAUGCUUAACAAAAAUGUUUUUCGUGCUAUACGACUAUGUGUUUUUCCAUAAUAAUGUAUGGCAAGUGAAAUCUCAGUGUGGCUGGACUGCCAUGGCAGUAGGUAAAUAACUCUGCAACUUUGCUUUGAUGCCACGUACAGCGUGAUUCACACAAGCUGUCCGCAUUCUGUUUGCAUAAACUAAAGCCAUGCAGGUUGUUCAAAGAUGAACUUUGCAGCUAUUUCUUCACCUCCCGUAAUGUGUACUUACCUUUUGACAGUCCAAACUCUGCAGUCUCAUUUUCUGCUUCAGUUUGAGUCCUUGUCUUGUUUGUCAGUUUGAGUAACAUUGCCCAAAAAUGGCCAGCCACGGUGUCACGCGGAUGCAUUUCCGUGAUGUCCCACAAAAGGCAUAUCCAAAUUCUCAGUCUUUGAUUCUGUGUAGGUUCUUAGCUAGUGCGGAAUUGGUUGCAACCGUACUUUGAGCUUGCAAAAGGUGACCUGGUAAUGCCAUCGCCGGCCGGGUAGUAUUGUCCAUGGCAAUACAUGAAGGUCAGAAAUUAACCUUGUCCUAGUUUCUUUAAAUAACAUCAGUAACUUGGCUGGUUGGUAGAUGGCUUAAAAGCGUUAAAAAACCCCAGUGCUAGGUAAAAGAACAGUACUAAAAAAAGACACAUAACAACACAGCAAUGAACUUCAGCUAAGGGUGUGUUCAAUAUAAAUACAUGUACAAACUAGGUACAAUACAAAUACAUAAAGCUUGCUUGCAUUUUAAUGCUCUGCUCAUAAAUGCAUGUUCAAUAAACACAGCUUUGGUUGAAGUUCAGUGCUUGUGUUGUUGUCUCUUCUUUUUAAUCCUGUUCUUUUACCCAGCACUGGGGUUUUUUAGCACUUUUAUGACUAGUUUCUUUGUCACAUAAUGAAGUCCUUCCUGGUGUUUAACGCUCAAAUUGGAGCUGAAAAUGAGUCUGUACAAUGUUUUGCCGUCAAAAAGUAAAUGUAAUUGCAGGAGGCAAAGAAACAACUUUGAUCACCCUUUAGAUGCUGUUUAACCUGAUUCAGCUUAUUGAGAAUCUGCUGUCUCAUGACCAUUUCUUUUUACUCAGUUGUGACGCAGAAAUGAAACUAAAGCCGUGUAAAUCUUGCCCAUUGGCUUGAUCGAUCGAGCCAAACAACGCUAUAGUACGCUUCUUGUUCUUUGUACAUGUCAUGACACCUGCGUGGUGGCAACCAUCAACAUGGCUCACAUACAGUUUCAUUGCCUCUUGGUGGUGAGAAUGUUAACAUGAAGCAGACGAUGGUGUCGUUUGGAUGGUAUAGGUGGAUCAAGUGCAUAAGGUGUGGUUUACAAUGUUUUCAGCUGUAUUUGUGCUUGAUCCCAAAGUCUGAAAAAUUUUAAAAAAUUGGAGGAAUAGCACUAUCCAUGUGCAAAGUCAUGGUCAUGUAUGACAUUGUGAAGCAUCUUUGUUUAUACGAAAAGUAACAGAUUUGGCUUCUGCAAAUCAACCUACCUGUAGGCAGUGUGAAUGGUUUACAAAGUAUAUAUUUGCUGAAAGGAGGGCAUGCAUUCCCGCUUGCGUUUGUAUGCACGUGUGUGUGUCCACAUUCUUUUGCACGUUUAUCUCUUCAAACUGGGCUGUAAGAUUAACAUAGUACGAGUGGAACAUAUCCAGGGACCUCUCUAGAGUCUGCCGCACUUAUUUCAAAGAAACACUCUAACAGUAAUUCGUCACAAGGAGGAAGUAUAAUUUGGUUUACCUUUACGUUAACUCACUCAGUGGUUAAUUGAACACUUGGAUCUCAUGCUAUAAAAUGUGUGAGUGAAAUCAAAAGUGUGCUCUGGUACUCGCACAAUUUUGUAUUUUAAAAUUCAAUUGCCAUAUUUGCUUGCAUAAUUAACAUGCUUUUAAUCAAAAAGCCUAUAGAGGGUGUGUUAAUUUGGCUAGGAAAACCUGCUCUAUGCUGCAGUGGCCAUGCUGUGGAGCUGUGCGAAUAGCAAAACUUCAAAAUUAAAUACAAAUGUCUCGUUGGCACUGCAAACUAAUUUCCAAUUGGUUAUCUCACUUUCGAAUCGAAUUCGUGUAUCCCCAGAAAAGGUUAAAAUGUUUUGGAUAUCCAUGCGAAUACCAUUACCGAUUCAAAUAUUACGUAUUCAAAUCUUGAGUUUUGAUGUUCAUACUUAUAUUACUUAAUAUGAAUACUAAUAAGCACCUGAUAUUCACGCAGCUUAAUGAUGGUGCUAAAGUUACGCUGCGUGAAAUAUGCUGGGAAGUAGAACAGCCUUUUGGGCACUAAUGUGGUGGUGCAUUAAUUAUGUGAGCAAGUGUGGCAUUAACCGGAGAACACUUGAAUGUUGCAACAUAAAAUCCUGUGAGGCAUCAAGGGUUAGUCAGACGUGCUCACUUACAUGCAGUGUGCGGUCAGCAUUCUCGACGUAGUUAGAUUUGCAAGCAAAAGCUCGAAAGUAAUUUGCAGGAAGUCAUGGAAAUGGCUAGUAGAGGUCAGCACCCAAUACUUCACAAGACCAACACACUGUUUCAUGCUAGAAUUUACAAAAGUGUGAUCUGCAACACCGAGAGACGUUUCGUAACAUGUCAUGACACACAUGUCAAAGUGCUUUGUUGCCGUAGAGGCAGCGGAUAUUGUGACCCACAAAAAUGAAUUUAAAAUGCCCUCUAAUGCAAGUUAACCUUUGCAAAAAAUGCAACAUGCUGUCUGGAAGGUAUAAAUGUAAAUGUCCAUGUUGUUGUCAUUGCUGUUGUGCCUGACAAUUUUUGAUAUCCUUUAUCUAUUGUUCAGCGAUGACUGUCCACAUUUGGGCUGAUGUUUUCCUCGUGAGAUGAGUCUUGGAUCAGGAUCUUGUAAAAAUAACUGAGAUUUAACAGUGGUGAUCAGUUGUUAAGGUGAUUGGAAAGGAGCUGGUAAUUUGGUAAUUGUCAAGCAAAUAUGUGUGAAAAAGUACAGAAACGAUAUUCCUAUACAUUACUGUGAAGGUACAUAGAAAAUACUUAGCCAACAGUUUCGAUGGAAUUUGAAGUGAAAUGAAAUUUAAGGGGUGUUUAAAAAGGGCAGCCAAGUCGAGCCAGAUUGGUGGAGCUGAAGACGGCAGUUUUGUCUGACAACAUUGAAGAGUGACCACAGCAUUUGUGUGGAGUAUAGACAGCUUUGUAACAACACAAAUUUCAAUUGAGCUGGUGUAAUUGUCAUUCAUUACAUUUUGGCAGAGGUCAGGACUAAACACUCCUUCGAUACUUUGGAUAUGGUAACUCUUAUCACAGGCUGUUUUUCUUGCGGAGUGCUGGAAUUUACUGCAAGAGCUUCAUCCUUGCGCUAACACAUUUUGGGCUUUUUUGGUUGAUGGUGCAAAUAAAUUAGAAACUUGAAUAUAUUUUGCGACAUCUUACACAGUGCUGGUGUCUACGAAGGGGGAGGGAAUCGCCCCCCUUGAGCCUCCCUGAAGGGGAGCCAAACAGACACCUUUUGGGCAGGAAGAAGCUACUCUAGGACAACAGAAGAGAGAUAGAAAAUUAACAAUACUGGACGAGGGGGGGGAAAUUUCCCAAUUGUCCCUGUGGAGGUGAAACGUAGAUGCCGGCCGUGAUCUAACACAUGUUUUGUGAUGCUUUUGUUGUAUUUUGGAACAUGUGAUCGGAAUACACGAUAACAAAUUGGAACUGGUGUUUUGGGGAGUAAUUGGGUACGUAAGUGAAAAUCUGUUCUGUUGGAAAGACUUGUCUUGAGGAAAGAUCGCGAUAUAUAUUUGGAGGGAAGCUUUUUCGUGUAUAAAAUUCUCGGGGCACAGUAGAACCUGCAUGGACUUAAGGUGGAGUGUUUGUAAAUGUGCUGAAACUUUUUAACAUGCUUAUUUUUUUGGAUGGUUGUAUAUUUGGUGGUUCAACAUGUUUACAUAUAUUUCUACAAGGCCAUACUAGAGUGCUUUAGAAGCAGUCUGUGUUGCAACAUAUCGGAUGGAACCAGUUAUACUUUGGAUGCAUUCUAUUUUUAACUGCUGAUACCAGCUUUAUGCAGAAGAAUAGGUCUAACCGGUGGGAGGCUUGGAAAAACUACUAGGCACAAAAGGACGUAUUUGUGUAACAUGUAUCUAUGAAAUGUUUGUUGAUUAAAAAAAAUCUUCAUACAGCAUA